UGGAAAUACGUCUCAUGUGACACGGUCACGUGAUGUUGCCGGACGUGCAUGGUGCCUUUGGCUCUUGUGUGCCUCAUCGUCACCAUUAUUGGAUUUUUUUUUUUUUUACGUUUAUUAAUUUGUAACAUGAAUUGACGGCAGCUCUGCUUUUAGGAUAGUUUUUUUUUCUUCAUUUAAUGUUAAACUGAGGGCAAAGACAACUCGGCCUUAGCUAACCUAAUGUUAGCUGCCUCCUCAUCUCCAUAUCUCCUCACUUAUUGUUUCUCCAUCAUGACGUUAGCCGAAUCUCUUCUUCUCUUUGCCGUCGUGCUGGCAGCUUGGCCGGCAGUCGGAGAACCAGCAGGAUUCGCUCCCCUCGAUGGCGCUCCGCCGGCUAAAAUAGCGGUGGUUGGAGCAGGAAUAGGUGGCACCGCCACUGCCCAUUUUCUACGGCAGCACUUUGGCCCUGAGGUCCAGGUGGAUGUGUUCGAGAAGGGUGAGGUUGGAGGCCGUCUUGCCACAGUGACUGUCAACCAUCAUGACUAUGAGUCUGGAGGAUCCAUCAUUCACUCUCUCAACCUCCACAUGCAGGAAUUUGUCAAACAGCUUGGUCUGAUGUACCGUCGCAGCGUGGCGGGUAAAACUGCGGUGUUUAAUGGUGAGGAUUUGAUUUUGGAAGAGACCGACUGGUAUUUGCUGGAUCUGUUGCGCCUGUGGUGGCGCUACGGCAUCAGUUUCAUACGCCUGCAAAUGUGGGUUGAAGAGAUAAUGGAGAAAUUCAUGAGGAUCUAUAAGUACCAGGCUCAUGGUUAUGCCUUCAGCUCAGUGGAGGAGCUUUUGGACUCUCUGGGAGGCAGUGGCUUCAUCAACAUGACACGGAGACCACUUUCUGACUCGCUAUUGGAGCUGGGUGUGUCACAGCGCUUCAUCGAUGAGGUCAUCGCACCCAUUAUGAGGGUCAACUAUGGGCAGAACAUGAGCAUCCCCGCCUUCGUAGGUGCUGUGUCUUUAGCCGGUGCCCAAAACAACCUGUGGGCAGUGGAAGGAGGCAACAAGCUGGUGUGUUCUGGCCUGCUGAAGAUGGCCAACGCUAACCUGCUACAUGCACAAGUCAACUCUGUUUCCCCCAUCUACUCUGGAGAGGCGAUCCAGUACCAGCUGAGUUUCACGACCACAUCAGGGACCAGUUCAGAAGUGUAUGAUAUUGUAGUUUUGGCAACCCCACUCCAGACCAGUGUAGGAUCUGGAGUCAACUUCCAAGGUUUUACAUCUCCUUUUGACCAGCUCCCCGGCAACUAUCACAGUACUGUAGCAACUGUUGUCCAUGGUUAUCUUAACACCUCCUUUUUUGGAUUUCCGGACCCCCGCUUAUUCCCGUUUGCCAGCAUCCUGACAACUGACAAGCCAAAUCUGUUCUUCAACAGUGUGGCUAGUGUUUGCCCUGUCAACAUCUCAGCAGGCUUCCGGCGUAAGCAGCCACAGGAGGCUGGAGUCUACAAGGUUUUUUCACCACAGCCACUGGACAAAGCUCAGCUCAAAACCCUUUUCAGGUCAUACUACUCAGUGCAGGUGACAGAGUGGCAGGCCUACCCUCGGUACGAUAGUAGUCAGGGAUUGCCACCAGUGGAGUUGCAUUCCAAUCUCUAUUACCUCAAUGGCAUCGAGUGGGCCGGUAGUGCCAUGGAGAUGAGUGUGGUGGCUGCCAAGAACAUUGCCCUACUGGCUUACCACCGCUGGAACAGACAGGUAGACAUGGUGGACCAAAAAGAUCUGAUGCACAGGAUCAAGACAGAGCUAUGACUCCGUCAUCUUAAAUGUGAAGAUGCUCAUUAACAUGCUUGUGCAUGGAAGCAGAGAAGGGUUUUGUUGAUAUGUGUUCUUCAUAAAGUGCUAGUCAGAAAAGUGCUAGUGCUCUCACCGCUGAAGUAUUAAAUGUGUAUGUGGGUCAUAUGUAUCAAAGAAAUGUCACUGGAGGGGGGGAUAUCUGGUGUGAAAUAUUUGUUUGACUGUUAACAUAGUAUAGUGGAAAUGUAUGUAAUCUUGCACUGGAUUUAAUAGAAAUGUUUGAGGGCCUACUUCUCACAAUACAGCAUCUUCAUGAACAUCACAUCACCCCUGUGAACAUGUAGGUUUCAUUGUGACAGAUGCAGGUCCUCUGGACCUGUAUGAAUGAAUGAUGUGUAUGAAUUACAUUUUUCAUCAAGCAGAAAUUUACUGGAACUUCCAAACCAACCUACCCCAUCCAAAAAAUAAAAA